UGGCCCACAAAAUGGGUAUGGUGGACAACCUGGUGAUGUAUACAGCCAACAACCUGGGCAUGGAUAUGGCAGACCACCUGGGUAUGGAUAUGGCGGACCACCCGGGUCUGGAUAUAGCGGACCACCCGGGUAUGGAUAUGGCGGACCACCCGGGUAUGGAUAUGGUGGACCACCCGGGUAUGGAUAUGGCGGACCACCCGGCGUACACCUGA